UAUAUAUAGCACAAUGUUUUAAGCAACCUUAUCCAGUGGGAUUUUUUUGUCUUUCAAUUUCAAAGCUCCCCAAUCCAAUCCCCAAAAUCCAUCCCUGUAACUUGGGAUUCCGCCAUCUCCGACUUCUACUACUGUUUUCUUACUCAAAUGUCAGCUUCUUCUCUCACAAUGGCUGCAGCUGCAGCUUCAGUUUCGUCUUCUUCUUCUUCUUCUUCUUCUUCUUCUUCUUCUUCACCCUGCAAGAAACUCUUCUUCGCCCAACAUCUCAACCGAAUUCCCUCCCAUUUUUCUCCAAAACAGAAGCCAUUGAAGCUUCUCGAGCUCAGAAUCCAUUUACCCAACAUUUACCCUCUUGCUUUCUCCUCCGCUUCUCAUCUCUACUGUGCUCCUCCUGCAUUCGAGGGACUCGAAGUCUCCGACCCUAUAACAGAAGACGCAGAGACUGAAGAAUCGGACGGAAGCGAGGAAAGCCGGGAGGAAGACGAACAAAAGGUAUCGGCAUCUCGCGACGCAGGGAAGCUUUAUAUUGGAAAUUUACCAUAUGCUAUGACCUCUUCCCAAUUGACUGAGGUCUUCGCCGAAGCCGGUCAUGUGGUUUCUGUACAGGUUAUAUAUGACAAAGUUACGGAUAGGAGUAGGGGAUUUGCAUUUGUGACAAUGGCAACUUUGGAGGAAGCUAAAGAAGCAAUUCGGAUGUUUGACGGCUCUGUAACUACUUCUUAUUCUUUCUCUCUUCAUUCUAUUGUCUUCGCUUAA